AUGGACUCACAAGAAACAACAAAGCGACCCCAGGCAGAAGCCCUUAGCGACUCGGUUGACCCUGGCGGUGCUUCAAUUGAUGAGCCAGUGGCCAAGAAAAUUAAAAUCGAUGCAUCUGAAGAUGCCACUCAUGCCGCGCCAAGACCUAGAGUCAAAGGUGUAGCCCCAAUCAAGGCAGAAUACCUAGUUUUGGCACCUGGUCAGACGGAGAAGGCCGCCGCUGAGGCCGAACCCGUUGACGACGAUGCCGCCGAGGGACGCGGUGCUCACGAUACCGAGGAGACGCCACAGAACGGCCAAAGUAGUAACGGGAGGCGGAAGAAACAAAAGGGCCAAAACAAAGAACGGGAGUUUGGGACUUUCUCAGACCCCCAGCGUCUCUGUAACUCGGCCGCGUGGACCCCCGAAUUCUCCCCUCGCCCUUGCCGCCGCGGGGACCGCUGCAAUGCCCUCCACGACCUCCGCAAGUACCUGAAGGAGGGACGUCGCGCUGAUCUCACGACCUUUGACGGCAAAUGCCCGGUAUGGGAGAAGUACGGCAUGUGUCCGUCGGGCUGGCGCUGUCUGUUUGUCCGGAGCCAUAUGGAAGAAAUUAAGCGCGACGAUGGCCGGCUGGAGUUGGUUCUGAUGGAGGAUGCUAGCAAGCAGCCGCAGGCGGAUGGCGAGGAUGAAGAAGAGACGGGCGAGGUCAAGCCGGGGGUGGUCAACCUGGUGGCGACCAGCGUCAAAUUUGACUUAUCCAAGAAGAAAAUACCUAUGGAGAAAUCGGACCAAUACCUGAACUGGCUGGCCAAGGACACGGAGAAGUACACCAAACACUACCAUGCGGGCAAGGAACAAAAAGACGAAACCAACGACUAUAGGGCCCAAUACGUGGAGCCGCCGUUCAAGCCAUCCGAGAAGAGGAGGCUCUAUUUCGGUCGAGAAACCCCCGUCCUAGCGCCGCUCACGACACAGGGGAACCUCCCCUUCCGCCGCCUUUGUGUAGAGCUCGGCUGUCAAGCCACCUACUCGGAGAUGGCUUUGGGCCUCCCGCUCUUGCAGGGGCAAAAGGCAGACUGGACGCUGAUGAGGGCCCACGAAAGCGAGACGACACCACCUGCUUUCAACACGGACGGGCCCAUCGUGGAAGGCUACGAUAAUUCUAGAGAUCUCAAAUUCGGGGCCCAGAUUGCCGCCAAUGUCCCGUGGGUUGCCAUCAAAUCCACCGAGGCUUUGACCCGGUUUCUCCCCCAUCUCCGCCUCGUCGACCUCAAUUGCGGCUGCCCGGUGGACAUGGUGUACAAAUCCGGCGCGGGCUCGGCGCUCCUCGAUGCGCAGUCGAAGUUAGAGAGGAUGAUCAGAGGCAUGAAUGCCGUGUCGGGUGAGGUGCCCGUCACGGCCAAGAUUAGGAUGGGCGUGAGGGAUGACAGGCUCACGGCCCAUAAACUUGUCGAGCGCCUGGCUCUGGGAAGUGAAGAUAUGCGUGACGUGGUCGGCGCGCCCGGUUGUGCAGCCGUCACUCUACAUGGCCGCACUAGACAGCAGCGGUACACGAAGGCCGCCGAUUGGGGCUACAUUGCGGAGUGCGCGGCGUUGAUCAAGCAGCACAACGAGACAGCCGCCAGCCUAAUCGACACGAUCCGCGAAGCAGACGAACGCACACUACCCAACGGAGGCAAAAUGUACUUCCUUGGCAACGGUGACUGUUACUCCCACGUCGACUACUUCAACCACGUGGACAACGCCAAGGUGGACAGCGUUAUGAUCGGUCGAGGAGCACUCGUCAAGCCGUGGAUCUUCGAAGAGAUUGAGAAGGGCCAGUAUCUCGACAAGACCGGCGCGGAGCGGCUGACAUACGUCGAGAAAUUUGUCCGCUACGGCAUGGAGGCCUGGGGCUCGGACGAGCUAGGCCUCAACUACACGCGCCGAUUUCUCCUUGAGUUCCUGAGCUUCUUCAACCGCUACGUGCCGAUCGGGCUGCUGGAGUACCUCCCGCCCAACCUGAACGAGCGACCGCCUGCGUACCGUGGUCGCGACGAUCUUGAGACGCUGUUUGCGAGUAAGAAUUACAAGGAUUGGCUCAAGAUCAGCGAGAUGUUCUUAGGCCCGGCGCCGCCUGGCUUCAAGUUCCAGCCCAAGCAUAAGUCGAAUAGCUAUGAAAUUGAGGCUGAGGGAUAA